AUGUCUUGGGCAGGUCCAAACGGUAAUAACAAUCCUUGGGGUCGCCCAGGUGGUCCUCAAGGCUUCUGGAACUUCAUCCACUCUCUCGAUCCCAACAUGCGCGCCGGGGUUGGCGUCGACCACUCCGCCGGCCCCUGGGCCAACUUGCCUCCGGGCUUCGCCUUCCACGGCGCCGAACACGGCUUCGGCGGCGGCGGUGGCGGAUGGGGUCCCUACGGCGGCUGGGGCGAAUUCCGCGGAGGAUUUGGUGGCCGCCGCCGCGGCGGUGGUCGAUUCGGUAGCCGAGGUCAUCACGGACGACGCGGCGACAUGAAUGAGCGCGAGGGCGAAGACGAGACCACGCGCAAUGCCGACGAGACCGCCGAAGAGGCCGAGUUCUCCGACAAAGAAAAGGACGACUCUCCCGACACCAUGCGCGACGUCGGCCCCAACGAAGACGGCCCCGAUGAGCAGGCAGGACACACGCACCAUCACGGCCCUGGCCGCCGUGGUGGUCGCGGGGGUCGCGCCGCUCGCUUCGGCGGUGGAUCUCCCGGCGAUGACCCCUGGCGCCACAGCAGACACGGCCACCGGGGUCAUCGGGGCCCACCGCCUCCCCCACCAUUCGGCGGCCCUCACCCCCCUCCACCCCCGCCCCCGCCCUACCACAACCAGCCCGGCAACUUUGACAUUGCAAAUUGGCAAGAGUGGCUGAACCAGUUCGCCGACCACCCCUUUGCCCAACAAGUCCGCGACUGGGCCACUCGCUUCGGCGGUCUCAACACCGGUGCCACAGCCGGCACCCGCGACGGAGUCGACCUCAACAACAAUGACAACAACGAUGUCGACUCGGCAUUCACACCUCCCGUAGACAUCUUUUCCACGGAAAGGUCCUACGUCCUGCACUUCGCCCUCCCCGGCGCCAAGAAGGAGGACAUCGGCGUCAACUGGGACGCCGACAAGGGCGAGCUCCGCGUCGCGGGCGUCGUCUACCGCCCCGGCGACGAGGAGUUUCUGGCCACCAUGGCGUCGGGCGAGCGCCGGAUCGGCAUGUUUAGUCGCUCUGUUCCCCUGCCGCCUCGCACUCGCUCCUCGGAAAGGGAGAGGGAGAGGGAGGAGAUUGACGCGCUCGCCAUCACGGCCAAGAUGGAGGAUGGUAUUCUCGUCGUCACUGUGCCCAAGGUGGAGAAGGAGUGGACUGAGAUCCACAAGGUCGAUAUUGAGUAA